AUGCUGUCGAGACCGGCCGACCUCUCAGCCCUGGUUACCUUGAGUCAGAGCAAGCCCGAGGAAUUCUUCGUGGACGAUACGUUGCAUGUUCUGGUGAGCAAGCUCUUGAACUGCCGAAACGAGCAAGUGUCGGACAAGGACACCAAGCUGGAUGUACUUGCGAUCCUGGCUAACCUGUCUGGCUCUGGAGAUGCUCGCGCCAAAGAGGAAGUCAGGACCGCCCUACAGGGCGUGAGCGAGUGGUUUGAUGACUACCUUGCUGGGGAGCAAGGAGAUGGAUUGGAACAGGAGCCGGAGUUGCACAAGUCGAUGUUGCUUCUGCUGGCAAGAGCCUGGAACUACAAGCUCAAGACGGAGGAUUUGUUGGAGCUGACCCGAGGGGAUCGAGGUCUCGCAUUAGAUUCGGUGGUGGGGGUCCUGGAAGAUGGACGAACGUACGCGACCGAGCUCGUUCAGAGUCGCAAGCCAGGAGAGGGGGCCGUGGCGCAAUGGGAACACGAACUGAUCUGCCGACAGCACGAGAAGCCGUUGGUUCUACAGUUGUGCCGCCUUGUACGGGGCUUCACGCACCCCGCAUCGUACUUUGCGGGCGACGGCAACCCAUCCUCGAGCAAGAAUCGUCGCCACAGCCGGGGCACCAACGGGGGAAAUCGGCAAGACUUAGCUCUAUUCUCGGUGGACGAGUUCAGCGCAGAAAUGGAUAGUCUUCUGGAGAUUACUCUUCGCUCGAGGGUCAUCGAGAAGCUGUCGGUGGCCCUUGAUGCGUGCCUCUUCUGUACACAGUACGGCCAGGAGGCGUGUCCAGGGAUGGACGAGGAUGGAACGGCAAAGGAAACGGGGCUGGUUCAGACCCGGUGGGGACUACAGCCCGGCCCAACGCGAACGAGGAUACCUACAAAGACGUAUCACGUGGUUUGA